AUGGCGAUUGCUUUGGCUGAGGCCGACAAGUAUGAGAUCUUAGACAAGAUUGGCUGCGGUUCCUUUGGAAUCAUUCGGAAAGUCAAGCGCAAGACCGAUGGUUUCAUCCUAUGUCGCAAGGAAAUCAACUACAUCAAGAUGUCCCAAAAGGAACGCGAACAACUUACCGCCGAGUUCAACAUCCUCAGUUCCCUUCGUCACCCGAAUAUUGUCGCAUACUACCAUCGAGAGCACCUUAAGGCAAGCCAAGAUCUGUAUCUGUACAUGGAGUAUUGCGGUGGUGGUGAUCUGGGUAUGGUUAUCAAGAACCUCAAGAAAGCCAACAAGUAUGCCGAAGAGGAGUUUGUUUGGCGCAUUCUCUCUCAGCUGAUCACUGCUUUGUUCCGGUGUCACUAUGGUUCGGAUCCAGCUGAGGUUGGUUCAAACAUUUUGGGCCCAGCCCCCAAGGCCUCUGGCCUGAAGGGCAAGCAGGGGCAAGUCACCAUCCUACACCGAGACUUGAAGCCCGAGAACAUUUUCCUCGGCAGCGACAACACCGUCAAGCUUGGCGAUUUCGGUCUUUCCAAGCAGAUGCAGUCCCAUGACUUUGCCUCCACCUACGUUGGUACUCCAUUCUACAUGUCGCCUGAGAUCUGCGCUGCCGAAAAGUACACCUUGCGCUCCGAUAUUUGGGCGGUCGGCUGUAUCAUGUAUGAAUUGUGCCAAAAAGAGCCCCCCUUCAAUGCUCGCACCCACAUUCAGCUAGUUCAGAAGAUCCGCGAGGGAAAAUUUGCCCCCUUGCCUGAUUAUUAUUCGCCUGAACUCAAGAACGUUAUCGGCAGCUGCCUGCGCGUCAAUCCCGAUCACCGCCCUGAUACCGCCAGCCUGAUCAAUCUUCCUAUUAUUCGCCUAAUGCGCAAGGAGAAGGAGGUCGUCGAUCUCGGCAAGACCCUCCGCCGACGCGAGGAGGUUGCGGUCCAAAAGGUUCGCGAAAUGGAACAAUCCUUGGCCAAGCGGGAGACCGAAAAAGCGCAUGUCCGCGCAGAGGUUGAAAAUACCGUUCGAAGGGAGUGGGAGGUCAAGGCUCGCUUGGAAAUUGAUCGUCAAGUCACGUCUGAGCUUGAUCGACUGCGCAAGCGCUUUGAGUCCGAGGUUGGAGAGCGAGUUGCCAUUGAGGUUAAGAAAUACAAGAACAGCACCAGCGCAACCAACAACUCUCGGGACGAUGUGUUCCGCACCAGCACACAGGGUUCCAACUCUUCUCGCUCCAGCAACCAGGGAUGGCGAUCAUCCAAGUCCUCUGCGAACAUGACCGAUGAUAGUGACAGCACCCCAUCGUCAACCGAUGUCAGCCAGGUUUCACUUGGGUCUCCUCCCUCAAACAAGCGGAAGCAACCCAAGAAAGAGAAUCGUACUCCUUUCUGUCGCUCAAAGACAGUUGUGGACUCACCUGUAGAUGUGCAGAUGGCAGAGCCUUCCCCUAUCUCCAUUGCCUCGCUCUCACUCUCCCCGCGUCGUACUUCCGCCCAAGGUGGUGCUCGCAACAUUUUUGCAGAGGCUGAGCGUAACAAGGCCAAGUGGGAGCCAACUCUGGCUUAUUCUGAUGACGAGGACGAUACACCCGAUUUGCCCUCGCCUACCCGUCCCAAGGUGAAGCCUGAUCCAUUGAAGGCACCUCGCCGUCCCCUCCUGCGUCAAAACACUGCCGCUUUCAUGCAAAAGCUCAGUUCGCAGCCUUCCCUGUUCCCUUCCGGCGGUACCCGUCUUCCUCAAUCUACUAGCCAGUCUGGUCCUCAACCUGAGGAGCACAGCAUGAGUGAAGGCCGAGCCAAGUCUCCUCACCGUCGCCUCACCAAAAUUCCUUCUUCGGCAAACCUUGCUGCCGAUGCCGGUGGCUCGCCAACCCGCAAGAGCGGUUCCAAGCAGCAAUCCCCAACCAAGGCCACUGGUGGUGGCGAGGAGAUGUUCAAGGCUGUUAUGCAACGCAACCUUGGCGGCCGAACCCUGGUUGAACUGGCUCAAGCACGAGCUGGUGGCCGCUCAAUGGACGAGGUCAAGCGCUGCGCCAGCGAUUCUCGUGCCAAUGGCCCUUCUAUGGGCAUGAAGUGUUCUGACCGUGAGCCUCCUGCCAUUUGGAACCCUGAAAUGGAUGAUAUGCCUAGCCCUUUCCUUGCCCGGGGCAAAAAGGUUAUUCGCAAUCUGCGUUAA